ACGACACCUUCAAGUACUUGGAUUAUUCACCUAGCAAUAGGUGUAGAUCAGUAGAUUAAAUUGUUUAAAUACCGCAUAAAAUAACAAGUAAUUAUUAUUAAAAAGCUUCUACCAAUAAAAUAAAAAACAGUUUAUACAAUGGAACCGUACGACGUAAUAGUUAACCAACCCGUCGUCAUCGAUAAUGGUUCUGGAGUUAUAAAAGCUGGUUUUGCUGGUGACCAAAUACCUAAAUGUCGUUUUCCAAAUUAUAUCGGAAGGCCAAAACAUGUUCGGGUGAUGGCCGGAGCUCUGGAAGGAGAUUUAUUUGUAGGACCGAUAGCCGAAGAACACCGUGGUCUGUUGUCUCUGCGCUACCCAAUGGAGCACGGAAUAGUGACAGAUUGGAACGACAUGGAAAGAAUCUGGUCCUACGUAUACAGCAAAGACCAACUAUCAACAUUCGUUGAAGAACAUCCAGUUCUACUAACUGAGGCACCGCUAAACCCGCGCAUAAACCGCGAAAAGGCUGCUGAAAUAUUCUUUGAGUCAUUCAACGUUCCAGCGUUGUUCAUCUCCAUGCAGGCUGUCUUGAGUUUGUACGCGACUGGUCGUACUACUGGAGUGGUGCUUGAUGCAGGAGACGGAGUCACGCACGCAGUUCCCAUCUACGAGGGUUUCGCCAUGCCACACAGUAUAAUGAGGGUAGACAUCGCCGGUCGCGACGUCACCAGAUACUUGAGGCUACUCCUUCGCAAAGAGGGCGUCAAUUUUAAAACGACAGCUGAGUUCGAGAUUGUACGAACUAUCAAAGAGAAAUCUUGCUACUUGGCCAGUAAUCCACAAAAAGAAGAAACUGUCGAAACUGAAAAAUUCCAGUAUAGUUUGCCUGACGGCAGUUCUUUAGAAAUCGGUCCAGCAAGAUUUAGAGCACCGGAAGUAUUAUUUAGACCCGACUUAAUUGGUGAAGAAUGUGAAGGUCUCCAUGAAGUCCUCAUGUAUUCGAUUCAAAAGUCUGAUUUAGAUUUACGGAAAGUUUUAUUCCAAAAUAUUGUACUUUCUGGCGGUUCUACACUAUUUAGAGGAUUUGGUGAUAGACUAUUAUCAGAAAUUCGAAAAAUGGCACCAAAGGAUAUAAAAAUAAGGAUAUCAGCACCACAAGAACGUCUCUAUAGUACAUGGAUCGGUGGAUCUAUCCUAGCUUCUCUCGACACAUUCAAAAAAAUGUGGGUUAGCAAGCGCGAGUAUGAUGAAGACGGUGCAAGAGCGAUACACCGCAAGACAUUUUGAACAUUUAUUAUCGCCAUUAUAAAAUAAUAACUGAUGAACUUUCAUUUUUAUAACAAUGCUCGGCACAACGUACGUUUUUUUUUAUUUAUUUUUUUUUUAUGGUAAACGUACAACUAUAGAUUGAAACUCAAUUAUUAUUAUUUUUUUAAAUGAUUGUAAUUAAAAUUAAAUCAGCAGUAAUUGUUUCAAUCUGAACUCUGGUCUGUACUCAACAUUUGUUUAUCAAGAUUAAUUUAUAUUAAUUUUUUUAUACUCACGGUAUUAAUAUUUAAUUGUUGCGCAUAUUAGUUAAGUAAUUCAAUCUAAUUAUUGUUUGUGUCAUA